GACACGUCAAUCAGGCCAUCUACUGCAGCUCACAGAGAAAUCGAGAAAGAAGGAAUCCAUCGUCGUAGAAGCAUCCACCCGGCGUCAAAGCCAGUGUUCCCAAAGCGUGACAGUUCGGCGCAUCACUUGCUCUAUAUUGCUACAUUCAGCCGGUGGCUUUGGGUAAACAAUGCCGACGAAGCCGGCCAUCUCCAUCUUUCGGCAACUCAUACGCGCGGUGCACACGACGUUCCAGGGCGACCCGCCAGCGAUUGUCGCUGCUCGGAAAGAACUGCGGACUGCAUUUGAGGCCAACCGUGGCCUCACCGAAAAAUCAAAAGUCAAUGCGGCGCUUGCCGAGGCCGUGGAGGCAAACGAGUUCAUCCGCAAUAACAUUAUUCAGGCAACCAAGAAGGAUUGCGGCAGCUAUGAGAUUGCCCCAGAGAAGGCUGCCCAGCUGCGGAGUCUUGAAGACGCGGACCGCCGGCCCGCGACUGGCUCAAAGCACGGGUGAUUUCACGCAGUCCAUGUCCAGGCGCACAGCAGCAGUAUGAAGGUUGGCAUUGGGCAGUAGCGGAGCAGCUGGAGACGCAGCUGGAAGGCUCGUGGUGUGGCCAGGCUGCACGGGGCACAUGUGUGCGUCAGCCAGGAGAAACCUUGAUGCGGGUGUGUUUGUGCUCGGCCUAGCCUAACAGCAUCAGUUCUAGAUGAAGGGCGACUCCAUGCCCGUCGAAGUUGCGUUCAUUUUGUGUUGGAUGCAAGAAUGUUGAGGACGUGAGGCAUGGCGUGUGAUGGUUCCGGCUCACGGGGGCAGUGUCGCGCCAAGCAGCCGAAAUCGGAUGUGGAAUGCGGCUGAGUGCUUGAGGAGUCGGCUUGUACGCGUACGUUGCCCGGACUUGUGGGUUGGGUUGAAGGCUGCGAACGAACAGUUUUAGCUUGCAGGUUGUGUGGAAGCAGGUGAAGGCAAGGGGUUGGCCAGCACUGGGCGCGUGACCAUGGUGCGCCACCGUGCGCCGCAUGCCGACAUUCCAACGGAACCCACCGGUUGGCCGGGGUCGGGGCCGACUGGUGGCACGUUUGUGUCGCAGUUCGCUGUGGCAUAACCAACACCAACCAUCCAGUGCUGCUCUUAGUUGGUAAAGCGGGACGAUGUAAUCCCCAAUCCCU